GCCGGAUGCAAGUAGAAGCCUUCCUUUUCUUCUUUUCCCUUCUCAGCUUCUUGCUGAUGGAAGAACACGCACGCACGGUGAUAGUAUCAUGCGCUUGCUUGUUAGGCCUUUUCUUGUAGUGAUGGAAGAACAUGACUAUCCAGAAACAAGCACGACAGUGGAAACCCAGGCUUCUCCCCGCUCGGGAUUCCUGGCCGUCGGAUCUUCCUUUGAUGCAUUCUGGACCGUAGGAUCUCGCUCGGGAGAGAUCUCGGCCGUCGGAUCACUGCUACAAUGAAUAGUGAUGAAUAAUAGCCUCCAUUCGAUUUUUCUUACUGACUUUUCUUACUCCGAAAUUACUGUCUUACCUUGCUGACGUGUGGGGUCGAUCCCUGGUGGGCCGCGCCGGUCAGCGACUGUGUCUGCGAGCGUGGUAUGUGCGUUAUUUAGUGUAGAAGUAUUCAUGCCACCGCCUGUAAAACUAGAUGGCCGCCAAGGGUAUUUUGGACAUUUCGCGUACACCUAUAAAACCGAAGCAGCAGCGACUGAAAACCUAGCCGCUUCCUCCCCUUGCGCGGUCGCGCCGCCUCCCCUCGUCCAGCCAUCUCCCCGACCUCGCCGCCCCACACACACCUCCGCUCGCCCAGCCCUCUCCCCGACCUCACCGCCCCACCCACAUCGCCGCCACCGACGCCCCUCAGACCUCGCCACCGCGGACCUCUCUCCUUGUCUUCCUCGCACCACGGCGCCCGCAACCUCCUCCCUCCCGUCAACAGAAGGGGAGGAAAGAGAAGAGGGAGAGCGAGCGCGUCAGACGGCGGCCAUGGCGGCGCCGUCGUCCGACCUCGGCCUCCGACUGCUGACCUCUCUCCUCGUUUUCCUCGCACCACGGCGCCCGCAACUUCCUCUCCCUCCCGUAAACUUCUCCAGGAUCUACAACAUCGACGGCUACGGCAGCGCCACGGUGCACCGCCAGCGCCACGCGCGCAAUGGCUGGGGGCUCCGCCGGCCACGGCAGUCCGCACGCCCCGGCCUGGAUCCCCAUGCGCUGUCUUCCCCGACGGCGUGAGGGCGGCCACCUGAGGAACCUGGCUGGCGGACGAGGUUGGGCAGCUCCAAGGUUCUUCGUCCUGCCGCUGAUGCCCACCGGCCACUUCCGCCGGGCUUCGUCGUGGGAGGGGGUGCACCAGCGAGGAGCAGCAGGGGAGGAGAUGAGGAUACACCGCCGGACUCCCUCUUCACUUUAUGGUUGCAUCUUCCCCGUGAGCUCCUUCUUCCAUUCCCUUGCUUCCCUCGCGUGCUCCUCCUGUGUAUUUCGAUUUGGUUGUGAGAUUGUACUCCAUGGUGCUUGCAGGUCCGUGUACAUUUAUUCCAGUGCUCAAUCAUUGUCUGUCUCAACCAAACCUAACAUGGCGGUGCGAAUUUCUGCUAGGAGUAAUCGAAUGUUAAUUGGCUGGUAGUGGCAUGUUCAAGUAUGGAAAAUGAUGAGCUCCUACUUCUUUUUAUGCCAACUCUAUUUAGUAGGUGAGCUGCGACCUUCUUCCCCACAUGUCUGUGGUAAUCAGUUAUCCUCCAGAGGGAAUUUUGAUUGUGAUUAGUAUCUUUAGACCUUGGCCAUAUUCGUCAGUACUCACGCUCUCCUUCAUUUCUCCUCAUUUUUUAAAUGUAUUGACCUCUGAUAUAUACAACUGAAAUCGAUGUGCCAAACAACAAGAAAUAGAAGUAACAAGGGAUAUCUAUAUAUUGGAAGAUUUUGAGUGCCAUUUUAUUAGAGUAAUUCUGAAAUGCUGCCUCAUUUUUUUUUCAUUCGUGUUGUUUCUCAUAGUUUUAAACUAAAAGGAGGAGCUAUAUAAAUUGUCCUCUAUCUUUCGAAAACAUGUUGUCGUGUAGAUUUGUGCAGUCAUGGUCAACUGGUAUAGAUAUGUAUAGUUUCAAAAGAACAUUACAGAUAUGUAUAGUUUCUAUGGUUUCUAGGUUGUGAAAGUUCCCCAUCUAGGGUGGUUUGGAUGUAUGUUCCUUAGGCAAGCGACAUAUAGACAGAUCUGAGUUGAAGAGAAGAAGAAUUUAGCUAAAGAGGUGAAGAAGAUCAAAGUGAUUUUUCUCCCUCAUUUCAACCUUUUAUUGCAUUUUGAUGCUAUAGUUUGUGAUGAUGUGUAUGUGCACUUGUA